ACGCACGGCCAAGCCAAUACUUCCUGCCAAAUAGUGGUCCCUAACAACAGACAAAGCUAAGCGGCGUGGAUUCAGUACAAAGGCAUUCGAAUAAAAUUUACACGUUACCCCAAUGGGUCCAGACGGCGUCCCCGGAACGAGAGAGUGAAAGAGCACCGCAGACAUGUCAGGACGGGGCUCGGCAGACGUGGACCGUUCGCAGGACCUGCCCGAACUGCCCACCAAGAAAGCCAGACACGAGCUCAGCGUUGGACUGGACAAAGAGCCAAGGGGAAUCGGUGGUGGUUUGAGCCCCGCAACUCUCUUGAGUGCUGGAGAUCAAGACAACUCCUACUCUGACCUGUCUAAUGUCCAGCUUGAUGGAGGGAGCAGGGAGCAGUCUGGUUCAGUGAGGGGAGGAGUGGGAUCUCAGAAUUGUGACGAGUCCAUGAACUCCUAUACACACACAGCGGAGAUCUGCAAAGAGCAUCCCGCGACAACUGCCUCCGAGUACAACACCCACAUCUACCAUGGAAACAGCCCAGCAGUGACGUCUUACGCCAGCACAGUGGCCUUCCCUCCCCUGACCCAGGCCACUGUGUACACUCCCUUCCCCCAGGCGGGACAGACAUACGGCCUGCCACCAUUCGGUGCUAUGUGGCCUGGUGUUAAGACAGAGACGGGGCUGCCUGAUGCAGCGCCCUCUGUUGGCCAGACUGGGUUUUUCAGCUUCAGCUCUGCGUAUUCCUCAACACAGCCCAGCCACGUGCACUACUCAUACCCCAGCCAAGGUUCCAGUUUCACCACGUCCAGUGUUUAUACUAACCUCCCCUCUGCUACCACAACAGCUACAGCGGCUCACCAGGAGUUCACCGGCUAUAACUCUCUGGGCCAGUUACCUCAGUACUACACUCCGCAUCCCAGCUAUGCGCCCGCUGGGCUGCCAAGCAGCGACGAGAACGGGUCCGUUGUGGGUGUGGCUGGGUACCCAGCCAUCAAGACGGAGGGCAUUGCCUCGGCUGGCCUGCCCAGCACCACAGAGGUUUCCCCACGUGAGAACCUCCCAACCGGCAUCGCCCUGCCAACCGGCGUCGCCCUGCCCACCGGCGCACGGGACCAGGAGGAGGCGGGGCGGAGGAACUCUGCUGGGAAGGCCAAAGGGAAGGCCAAGAAGUCAGACAGCAACCAACCCACUGACAAUGACCUGGAGCGGAUCUUUCUGUGGGACCUGGACGAGACCAUAAUCAUCUUCCACUCUCUUCUCACUGGCUCCUUCGCUCAGAAGUUCGGCAAGGACCCAGCCACAGUGCUGAACCUGGGCCUACAGAUGGAGGAGCUGAUCUUUGAGCUGGCUGACACACACCUGUUCUUCAACGACCUGGAGGAGUGCGAUCAGGUGCACGUCGAGGACGUCGCUUCGGACGACAACGGACAGGACUUGAGCACCUACAACUUCCUGGGGGACGGCUUUAACGGCCCCAGUGGGGGAGGGGUCCCGGGAGCCACUACAGGGGUCCAGGGCGGGGUUGAGUGGAUGAGGAAACUGGCCUUCCGUUACCGCCGCCUAAAGGAGAUCUACAACGGAUACAAGGGGAACGUGGGAGGCCUGCUGAGCCCCAUUAAGAGGGAGCUGCUCCGUCAGAUCCAGGCUGAGAUUGAGAACGUCACGGAUGCCUGGCUCAGCACAGCUCUCAAGUCCUUGCUGCUCAUCCAGUCCAGGUCAGCUCAGGGUAAGUGUAUGAAUGUGCUGGUGACCACCACCCAGCUGGUUCCAGCUCUGGCCAAAGUGCUCCUCUACGGGCUGGGAGACAUCUUCCCUGUGGAGAACAUUUACAGCGCCACCAAGAUAGGUAAAGAAAGCUGCUUUGAGCGCAUAGUCUCUCGUUUUGGGAAAAAGGUGACCUAUGUGGUGAUCGGAGACGGUCGUGACGAAGAGUUUGCCGCCAAACAGCACAACAUGCCCUUCUGGCGCAUCACCAGUCACGGGGACUUGGUAUCCCUCCACCAAGCCCUGGAACUAGACUUCUUGUAAAGAUGAGGAGGUGGAGGUCUGACGCAGAGGGAAACGCUGUCAGUCGACCUUCCUUUCGCUUGUGGGAGUGGCAUAUUAUUUAGUCCUCAGCUCCACCCCAGCUCUCAAAUAAACACACAGACACACACACACACACACACCUGACCCUCCCCGGGCGAUGGCCAAGAACUGAACCGAGCUGGACUUUGGUGGGGAAUGACACCGGACAGAGCCCCCCCCCACGGCAGCUAUCCUCACCUUGGGGCGGAGCCGGGGGGCAGAGCCUGGCCCAAACGGGAUGGACCGACCUGACGGGAAGAAGAACCUGCAUCGCUCACUGGAGUGUCUGUAAACUCUGACCUCACGACCCACAGCAGGUCCUCUGCCUUCUCCCUGUUCCCUGCCAAGUGCACUGUUUGGGACUAGUGUCUAUAAGGGCUCUGGUGGAGUGCGGGGUGACAUGCAGGGAAUCGGGGGCCAUUUGGGACAGUCUUGAGGACCUGCAGCGCCGGCCAGCGACAGGCGCUCUACGAUGUUUAGAGCUUUCAGUCUUUGCUCUCUUUCUCUGGUAGAGCUAUCGUAUUCAAAAAAAGGAUAAUGUCACUUCAAAUCUGUCUUUUGAUUUAUUUUUCUUUCAAGGUUGUUUUGCACUCGUUCCAAUGCUUGAAAACAAAUGUCUUGAUGAGGGCCGCGAUCAUGGAAUAUAACGAGGUUGCUACUCAGCAAUGACCUUCAAUGAGUUGCCUUCUGGAUGUAACUUCAACCAGUUGUACUUUAGUUAACUGAAGGUACUGACAGUGUUUUCUGUCUAAACCAGAGCGGCAUUCUGGGUAUAGAACAACCCUGCUCCAUCCGUCCUUACCCCUUCAGCGUGUCACAGAAGCCCAACAGAUUCUGUAGUCUUGUCCAGUGACAAACUGGUCUGAAAAAUCUGAAUUAGGCUGCAAUUGUAACUGUGGGCUAACUGACCUGUUCCACUGCAUGAUUUGUUGUCCAGGUUGUGGUUAAGUAUUUUAUAAAAUUAGCCAAAACGGUCCCUUUGAAUUAACAUUAACAUGCAGUGAGUGGGCCCUCAAAACAGGGCGAUUUGCUUUUAGCACACCGAUAAGGUUCAAUUUCUAUACUUACACGCUUAUCUUGUAGAAGAUACGACCUCUCCACAGGGUCAACUGUUCCUCAGACAACAGACCCUGCGUGUCCUUGAAUUCCCAGAGACUUUGACCAAGAGCGUUUAAUUGUUUUGCUGUGCAAAGGGCAAAAUACACAUUGGCACAAAUGCCCUGGUUGGUGUAGCACAUAAAAGUGUAAUUCUUAAUUAAAAACUGGAAAGGACGGUGGGUUAGACCGAGUUAUAGAUUUCUCUUGUCACUGGUCCACAUUUGUCUGUUGUCAUCACAGAUAUCAACUGUUUGUGUUAGCUGGAAAUUCGAUAAGGUAUCCUUGGUACAGAAAUAUCUCUGGCUGAUUUUCAUGGCAUGGGUCACAGAAAAACCCAAAUUAACUUACCAAAGAAAAAUCGCAAUUGAUGUGUUCCCAAAUGACAGGUUCAAAACGCUACAGAUUUGAGUCAUUUGAAGCCCCCAUUAGUUUAUUCCCCCAUGCAUUUGCUGGAUGUCUACCUAUGGGAACCGUCUGUAUGUGCUAUUGAUUGUGCUGGACAGCUGCCCAGAAUAUAUAGCUGAUCGCCUUCUGUGUGCAGUAUAGUCAUUAUGCUAAUGGUGGGGUGAAAGCCAGCGGCGACUGCAAUACAUUUCCGGUUAGCGAUACUGGCAUGCCCGUUAAUUAGCUAGCCUGUGUUUCAAAGGAAGCGUUGCUGCCGCAUGUAUCUGGCCCGGAGAGAUGAUUAGAGGUGUGAUGUCAUUACUCCGGGGCCGUGUGAGAUCAUCGACUGAACAGUACUGAGCCUGAUGAGUUGUCACAUUUACAUUUACACCUGCAGCUUGACAUUUUGGAUUGUGUUAUUUGUGUUUGUCUUGUAAAUAUUUUCCAUUGUGCCUUUUUGCCAUCUACAUGUUAUGUAUCCAUGAAUCAUCUCUAAAGGAAACACUUAAGAUGUGUUAGAGACAUCAUUGUGGUUGUUGUUGUUGCGAACUUUAGUCAAAGUGUUAUUUCUUUUCUUAUUUUACUACUCCUACCGUCUGUCGGCAUUUAUCUUUUAACUGUCUGUAAUGCCGAGGUCACGUGUGUGUGAAUGUAGUAUUUUUCCUCAUUGACAAAUGUUUUUUUCUUUUUGUGUUUAUGAUUUUUAUUCUGCCAAUAAUGUUACAGGUGAACAUUUCUGUUCAUGAUGUCACAGCUAUGUGCCACUAAUUCAGUGGUUUUCAAACCUUUCCUCUGGUCCCCCACAGUAGAAAUGUCAUUAUCUGGCUCACCUGACCCCCUAAUUAAGGGUUGAUGAUUAGCUGAUGUGUUAAAUCCGGGGUCUGAAAGGUUGGGCGUCACUGAGGAUAGGUUCGGGAACCACGGCGCCAAGUUGUGGCAUCCUUUUCCUUGUUGAAAACUGAAUCCCAAUGCUGUCAACUAAUGUUGAAUCUUAUUUUAGCGUUUCAGAGUCACUGUGACUGGCUUUUUCACUGCUUAGACAAUCGAAUCUGUAUCAAAUGUUAAAUUGAAUGUUGUCCUGGUCCACGACACAUGGUGAAGCAUGUAUAUAAAGUAGGCUUUGCAAGUUGUUCAAAACUGCACACGUUACUAGCUAAUAGUGGAAAGAAAUAAAAUGGAUGCAUUUUAAAAUCACAAAUUGGAUCCUUUGGAAUGGAAGGGUGUCCCGGACAAGGAAUAUUGUGAAGUUGACAGACGUCUUUAAUUUAUAUUGACUGCACAAUCAACACGGUCUGUUGCCUCAUAUCCUUUUUGGUGGAGAUCGCCUUCAACCAGGAAACCAGUGAUCCUCAGACCACCAUCAACCCCCAGCCAAAACACCUAUGUUGUGGUUAGUCAUUAGAUCAUUGGUUUUGUUGCUUUUUACCCUGUAUGAUUUUGUUUAGUCUACUGUGUCUUUGUGUUUAUGUUGCAUGUUGUUUCUUUGUGAGGAAUGUGUUUUUAAAAUAAUCUGUUGCUAAACAUAUGUAUGAUUCUCUACUUUUUUUUAACCUAUUAACCAGAGAUGGGUCUUGUUUUUUCAUCAGUGGAUUUGUGUUAAAGCCAAUGACGAUGUACCAGUUGUAUAUUCUCAAAAACUUUUUGUUGAAGUGCAUUUUACCAGGCUGUGUUGUCUGUCAUGUAGAGUUUUCGUUUUUCUGGUAAUAUUCUGUCAGAAGGAAGGACCUGUGACCCCAAGCAGCUUGGUAGGGAGAUGUGGAUCAUCUAGACCAGAGGUGUCAAAUCGGUUCCACGGAGGGCCGAGUGUCUGCAGGUUUUUGCUCUCUCCUUGUACUUGAU